AUGUACGAGUUCAGCCUGGAGGCCUUCCUGAAGCCGGUCCCCAUCGGCGGCACCAGCGUGAGCUACGCCCUCGCCGUGGGCUGUCUGGCGGCGGCACUGCCUAUCCUGCGCUUCGCCCUGUCCAGGCUGGUGUUCGAGCCCCUGGGCCGUUCGGUGCUGCCGCCGGACGCAAAGAAGGACGACGGUGCGCCCGCGCCAAACGGCGCGGUGAGCACCGUCAACAUGCGCAAAUGGAACGAGUCCUGCUGGGUGUUCUGGUUCUACCUCACCGUCACGUGGAUGGCCUUCUCCGCGGCCUGCAAGGAGCCCUGGUUCACGUCCACGAGGCACUUCUGGUUGGGCUGCACGGCUUUGCCCUGCAACACGAGCGUCUCUGCGGGCGUGCUCCUCUUGUACACCGUGGAGGCCGCCUACUACCUGCAGGGCAUCCCUGUGCUACUUUGGGAGCCCAAGAAGAAGGACUUCUGGACGAUGCUGGCCCACCAUAUCGUCACACUGGGCCUCAUUCUCUACUCCUGGCAGCUGAACUUCACAAAAGUGGGAACCAUGAUCUUCCUGGUCCAUGAUGCCUGUGAUGUGUGCAUGGAGUGCGCCAAGUUGGCAAGGCGUGUCAAGUCGGAGGCCCUCACCACAGCCUUUUUCGUUAUCUUCCUGCUGGUGUGGGUGGGUGGACGGCUCGUGUAUCUGCCCUUUGUGCUGAUCAGGAGCACCCUAAUGGAGCCGAUCGGAAUCAUUGCAGUGCCCAACGGAAUAGACCCGGAGCCACACUACACAAUAUUUAACACUCUGCUCAUUCUGCUGGUCGUGUUCCACAUAUACUGGACAGUCCUGAUCUUCAGGAUCCUGCACCGGACGCUGACCAAGUCAGGAAGCAAGGGGAUCGACGACGUCCGGGACGAGGACGACGAUUGA